UCACCAAUCAGAAGCAACAGCACUACUUGGCCGUUUAUUGUGGAUUUAGCUGUGGACAGACAGGUUGCGGACCAAAGUAUGUGAAAGACAUUUCAAUAACCUAUACUGACGAAAUCUAUACUCAGUCAAUUGUGUAAAAUAUACGGUAUUUACACUUUAGUAUCACCAUCAGACAUCACACUAUACAGCAGUUGCAGUGAAACCAUGUUCUAUAAUUACAGCAAGAUCUUCAUGUAUGAAUGAGUUAUAACUGAAGUUGCUUUUUAAAUACAUUGGAAAAUAGCUAAAAUAAUGUCGAUACAAUUUAGAAGAUGUAUAGACAACCCAAAUGGAGCGGUUUGUAUUCUGCAACAAAUCAGAUGCCACGUAAAUAAUGAAACUGGAUUAGUAACGUUAUAAGGAUAAUGUCAGUGCAGUUUUAUUUUUGUAAGGGAAGCAAACAGAACGAAGAUGGGAGGGACCUACCUGAAUUUGUCCAAUAAACUCUCAUUUCGUUAGGCAACUGUUUGGACUAAUGAUUACACCCUUACACCCUGUUUAAAAUGCAUAAUUCCCCCAAAUGUGGUGUACUGCUCAUUGUAAAUACGUAUUCUUUAAUGAGGUUUAGCGGAGUUGGGCAUCCAAUAAAUGCAUUACCGCCAGUACAGUACGUUCCAUCCCUCCAGUACAGUUGAUAACCAUUGCAAUAAAAGCUAAAAAUAAUAUCUUACUGAAGCAUAUAUUACGUAUUGGUCUAUCCCUCUGUACUGGUACAGAUCUACUAGUAACACUACUCCUCUCAGGAUCCAUCCCCUUUGACCCUAUCUUCCUCUACUUUCUUCACUGCCUCCUGCACAAUGUAUGCGUAACAUUGAUGUUUCACUCUGGUCACACAUAAUGAAAUAGCGACAUUUAAAUACGAUAAUUAUAUUUAAUUAUAUCCAGACAAUUUCGAAAAAGUCCAUUCUUUCUUUUAUUGUAGUAAAGUAUAAUGUACUUCUAUUCACAGCAAUUCUGCCAAACUAUUUUACUCAACUCCUACUAUUUGAUGAAUGCAGCCCUAAUAUGUGAGCAUGCAGGAUUUGAUAGAAGUUAGUAGGGCUCUUUUUUUCUUUUCUUAGUAGUACAGGAUUAGAUAGGAUGGUUUAGUUUCUCUUAAUGUUUGGUUCUUUAUUCAUUAUUCUGUAAACUAUGAUUGACUACACAAUCCAGUACAGUAGGUGGCGGCAUGCCCCUAUGAACUGUGUUUGCGGAACGCCAUAAUAUUGUAGAAGAAGAAGAAUGUGAGCAUGCGCAUUGUCGCAAAUGCCGUUGGCGUUGUGACUCCAUUUAUGCGUUAUUUCCAAGCGGGAAGCAGCAGCCAGGUCAGCAAGAUUAAUACAGUGGUCGGUUAGACAGCAGUCUCUCCGAUUAUAGACUUCGCUGGUUGGGGAUCUACUAAAAAAGGAAUAUGCCCCGAGAAAUUAUAACACUUCAACUUGGCCAAUGUGGAAACCAAAUUGGUUUUGAGUUUUGGAAACAACUCUGUGCAGAGCAUGGCAUCAGUCCGGAGGGGAUUGUGGAGGAGUUCGCCACAGAGGGCACUGACAGGAAGGAUGUCUUCUUCUAUCAGGCAGACGAUGAACAUUACAUCCCCCGUGCUGUUUUGUUGGAUCUGGAGCCCAGGGUGAUCCACUCUAUCCUCAACUCCCCCUACGCCAACCUGUACAACCCAGAGAACAUCUACCUGUCGGAGCACGGAGGAGGUGCAGGGAACAACUGGGCCAGCGGCUUCUCGCAGGGUGAGAAAAUCCACGAGGAGAUCUUCGAUAUCAUCGACAGAGAGGCGGACGGCAGCGACAGCUUGGAGGGUUUUGUCCUUUGUCACUCCAUCGCUGGGGGAACCGGGUCCGGGCUGGGAUCCUACCUGCUGGAGAGGCUCAAUGACAGGUACCCUAAGAAGCUGGUGCAGACCUACUCUGUGUUUCCUAACCAGGAUGAGAUGAGCGACGUGGUGGUGCAGCCCUACAACUCACUGCUCACACUCAAGAGGCUCACCCAGAACGCAGACUGUGUGGUGGUACUGGACAACACUGCUCUGAACCGCAUCGCCACCGACAGGCUGCACAUCCAGAACCCCUCCUUCUCCCAGAUCAACCAGCUGGUUUCCACCAUCAUGUCAGCCAGCACAACCACCCUGCGUUACCCUGGAUACAUGAACAACGACCUGAUUGGUCUGAUCGCCUCUCUCAUCCCCACGCCCCGCCUUCACUUCCUCAUGACUGGCUACACACCGCUCACCACUGACCAAUCGGUGGCCAGUGUGAGGAAGACCACCGUGCUGGAUGUGAUGCGGAGGCUGCUGCAGCCCAAGAAUGUCAUGGUGUCCACGGGCAGGGACAGACAGACCAACCACUGCUACAUUGCCAUCCUCAACAUCAUCCAGGGAGAGGUGGACCCCACCCAGGUCCACAAGAGCCUGCAGAGGAUCCGAGAGCGUAAGCUGGCCAGUUUCAUCCCCUGGGGUCCAGCCAGCAUCCAGGUGGCUUUGUCCAGGAAGUCCCCGUACCUACCUUCCGCCCACCGCGUCAGCGGCCUGAUGAUGGCCAAUCACACCAGCAUCUCCUGUCUGUUCGAGCGGACUUGCAAGCAGUACGACAAACUACGAAAGCGCGAGGCCUUCCUGGAGCAGUUCCGCAAGGAGGACAUCUUCAAGGAAAACUUUGACGAGCUGGACAACUCCCGCGAGGUGGUGCAGCAGCUCAUCGACGAGUACAGUGCUGCCACGCGGCCCGACUACAUCUCCUGGGGAACUCAGGAGCAGUGAGGACAGAUGGGAUAUACACCCCUGUCACAUGACAUGGGUCUGGUCCCCCUCUACAGCCCAACCUGGGAAAGAUGGGGCUGAGCUAGUUGCCUCCUGCCCCAUCCCUAUGGAGAAAAGUGUUCAAGUUCAUCCCUGCUGCUUUUCUUCCCUCUAAUCUGUCCUUAAGCUCUGUUUGGGAGUUAAAACAGCGCUUCAAUCUGUGUGCCUGUAUCCAAUCCCCACUGAUGGUUAUGAAUAGUAGUGAAUGACUGGUCUUUCUCUCUCUCAUGCAGGAUUCCAAAACGACCCCUACCACGAGACACUUCAUGGAUAGUAGAUCGGAAAGGAUAUCAGCUCCAUCUUGUUCUCUUGACAGGUGGAAUGUAUAAUAUUGUGCCCGGUGGUUAAGGGUUGAUUUGGAAUUCUACAUCAGAACUCGUAGCCUUGUUUGGCACUAUUUUUAUACUGUGUAGUACUACUCUGCUUUUGUGCUGUUCCUUUUGCAGUCACACAGACUAACAUACCAGCCGGAGAAACACUCGAGUGUCCUUGAAGGGGGAAUGGAAUAAAAUGCCUGGUGUGACUAUUGUCUUUGUACAUUUCUGAAAGGUUUAUGAUACCAGAGCCCAUGAUGAUCAAGCUCUGACAGGGUAGUCAAGUCAAUAGGCCUCGGAUCAGUUGCUACUGUCCCGUAUGUACUUCCCAACACACACUUAAACCAAAACGUCUGUUUCCAAAGUAUGGCAAUGGUCAGUCAUUGUUAUUGCAGAGGACAGCCUACUUCUCUACUCUGGUGCCGGAGUGUAAAUCCAUACUUUCUCUUACUCUACGUGCAUCAAGAAGCUUGUUAAAUCGCAUCUACAGUUUUCCUUCUU